AUGGGUUACUGGGAUAUUCCGGACGGAACGAAGUGCGGGGAAAAGACAUGGCUGACGACGAAGAUAGCCACGGGGCUGGGUGUGAUGGGAUCUACAUAUCACGUAGUCAUUUUCCAACCUAAGACAGUAAUGGAGGGCAUUAAAAGAGCAGGAGGUGCAACUCUUACUAUGGCUGCACUUGGCGCAAUCUUUGGUAUGACUACCUGUUUAACAGCCCAGAUUCGUGAGAAGCCAGAUGACGCGAUAAAACUAUUUUAUAGGGGGUUGUGCAUCUGGUAUCCUCCUAGGAUUAAAAAGUCACAGCUAUGCAGUAGGGGCCCCCGCAUGUCUUGCAUUUGGAGGAUUAGCUACUCUUGCCAAGGUAGCAAAUAAAGAGGGAUGGGUUUGGAUUCCGUCUGAACCAAAACUCUGA